CAAUGAGAGGGGAGAUGCUGUUCCUCACUGCCCUCCAUGCCACGCUCUUCGCUUCAGCACAAGUCAUGGCUCAGAAGAGGGAGAGAGUGAUCUGCACCAAUGUCUACUUGGCUGACGUUGUGUUCCUGGUGGAUGGCUCGUCUAGCAUUGGGAGGAACAACUUCCGCAUAGUCCGAUCCUUCAUGGAGGGGCUGGUGGUUCCUUUUGUCAACGUGGUGGGUGAGAAUGGGGUGCGUUUUGGAGCUGUGCAGUACAGUGACGAUCCCAGGACUGAGUUCACGUUCUCCAAGUUCCCCAAUGGGACAGAGGUCAUGAGGGCUCUCCGAGAGAUGCCCUAUAAGAGCGGGAACACACGCACGGGUGCAGGCCUUCGUUAUGUGGCAGAUAACUUCUUUGGAGCCGGUCAGAUCCGGCCCAAUGUUCCAAAGAUCUGUAUCCUCAUCACAGAUGGAAAGUCUCAGGAUGAGGUUGAACAGGCAUCCUUGAAGCUGAAGAAUCAAGGCAUUAAAGUCUUCGCUGUGGGUAUCAAGAAUGCCGACCGCAAGGAGAUAGACAGAGUGGCCUCCACACCCACGGAGGAUUAUUCCUUCUAUGUCAAUGAUUUUAAAAUUCUGUCUACUCUGCUGCCGCUGAUGUCGCGGAAAGUGUGUUCCAGCACAGGGGGCAUCCUACAGACAACAGGUACUGAAGCAUAUAGUGGCCCCUCGAACCUGGUCUUUGUGGAGCAGGGAACAGACAUGCUGAGGAUCCGUUGGACUGCAGCUGGUGGUCCCGUAACUGGCUAUAAAGUCCAAUAUGUGCCACUCACUGGCCUGGGGCAACAAAUAAUGGCUGAACGGCAGGAGGUGAGUUUGAGAGCUGGCGAGACAAGCGCUGUGCUACGUGGCUUGAGGGGAGGGACGGAUUACCUGGUCACCGUUAUCGCUCAGUACGCCAACAGCAUUGGAGAAUCCGUUUCCGGCAAAGGACGCACCCAGAUCCUGUCCGGAGUGACCAAUUUUCGGGUGUUGGAAGCAGGACCAUCCUUUCUUAGACUGUCCUGGGCAGCUGGUCUGGGUGCCAUACAGGGCUACAGGCUCACUUAUGUGGCCAGAGGCGAAUCUGAGGUUGUGGAGGUGAACCUUGGGGCCACCGUGACAUCCUUCUUGCUCAGCCAACUUCGCCCCAACACUGACUAUGUGCUUACACUCUACCCCAUCUACCCACGCCAGACGGUGGCACCUGCUGUGGUUAGCGGCCGAACAAUGAGUCUGGCAGGAGUGCAACAGCUGUCUGCCCAGAAUAUCUCCUCCCACGGCAUGCUGGUGACCUGGAGAGGUGUGAGUGGAGCCACUGGAUACCGUGUAACCUGGGCACUCCUCUCAGGUCAAGGUAUUCAGCAAGCUGAUGUUGAUUCCAGCAAGAAUUCCUUCUUGUUGACUGGAUUGCAGCCUGACACUGAUUACUUGGUGACCGUUGCUCCGUUUUAUGGGCAAGUGGAAGGGCCCAGAGCCUCCAUUCGGAGAAGAACUGAGUUCCUUAUAGUCCAGACUCUGAGGACCAUCGCUAUUGACCCAACAUCUAUCCAGGUGGCUUGGAACAUCAUUCCUAAUGCCCGGGGCUAUAGGCUGGAGUGGAGAAAAGCAACAGGUGUGGAUCCCCCUAAGUCUGUCUCCCUGCCCACCAAUGAGAACAGCUACACUCUGACAGGCCUGCAGCCGGGCACGGAAUAUCACAUCACCCUCUACACCCUGUACGAUGGCAAGGAGGUGGCCACGCCAGUUACCAUCUCCCAGACUGGGGUGGUGUCGGCCGUGGGCAGCAUCUCUGACUUAAGGAUCCUGGAGACCUUAGGAAACAGAGUCCGGCUAGCCUGGACAGGCCUCCCAGGAGCCACAGGGUAUAAGAUCGUGCUACGCAACACCCAGGAUGGCACGGAGAGGGUUCGGCAUAUCCCAGGCUCACAGACCACGGAGGACCUAGUGGACCUGAAAGAAGAUGUCUCCUACGUGGUGCGUGUCUCCGCACUUAUUGGUAGCCGUGAGGGUAGUGCUGUUCCCCUCAACAUUCGAAUCCGGCCGCCGUUUGUAAGCAGCGUAUCAAACUUGCGCAUGGUGCCGGCAGGUCUGGGUCGCGUCCGGCUCGUGUGGACGCCCAUCCCCAGGGCUACAGCUUACAAGCUGGUGAUUGUCAACACCCAGGAUGGCUCCGAGGAGAUCAGGCGAAUCGGUGGCGACCAGAGUUUCUUUGACCUGCAGAAUCUGAAGGAUGGCGUCACCUACACGGUGCGGAUCUCGACACUGUCAGGCAUCCAGGAGAGCGUCCCCGCCACCCUUACUUUCCAAGUGGAAUAUCCAUCUGUGGGCAGCGUCAGCAACCUAGAAGCAGGUGCAGUCGGACCCAACCAGUUGCGAGUGACGUGGAAUCCAGUUGCUGGGGCUACUGGCUAUAAGGUGACGUGGCGGCCAAGAGAUGGUCAAGAGACUUCUCGAGUCCUGUCAGCCGAUAUAAACUCCUACACUAUUGAGGGGCUGAGACCAGGGGUUGACUACAUCAUCGGGGUCUCAGCCUUGGUUGGCAGCAGAGAAGGGAGCCCAGUCACUACCACGGCUACCACAGCCUCUGACCACGUGGGAACGGUCACCAGCCUCCGAGUCCUCGAGUCCAGAAGCAACGUCGUGCGAGUCACAUGGGUGGGCGUGCCUGGGGCUACCGCGUACAAAGUGGUGUGGAGCCGGCGCGAUGGGGGACCUGAAAACAGCAAAGUGGUCUCGGGAAACACCAAUUCCUUUGACAUCCUUAACCUGGAAGGAGGAGUCAGCUACACGGUGAAGGUGACUGCACAGAUUGGCAACCGGGAAGGAGAUCCUGUGUCUAUCACUGUCACCACACCGACAGUCCCAGCUCAGCCUGUUGGCAAUCUGCGUGUGACCGACUCCUCGGAGAGACGUAUCCGACUAGAAUGGAGCCCGGCACCUGGUAGCACAGGCUAUCGGCUUACCUGGCGGCUAGCAGGUGGUGGGCCAGAGAGGAGCCAGCUGCUGCAAGCCAGUGUCAACACCUACACCAUUGAAGACCUGCAGCCAGGAGGGCGCUAUGAAGUCCGCAUCACAAGCCUGACAGGCAGCCGGGAGAGCGAAGCUGUGGCCAUUGUCGCUACCACUGCGGUGGGCCGUGUGUCCAAUUUCCGGGUGGCCGAAACUCAAAAGGAUUCUAUGACUUUGACCUGGACUCCAGUUCCUGGGGCCUCCGGCUAUCUCCUCACCUGGAAAUCUCUAAGAGAUGGAGAAGCAGCACAAAGGACACUCUUGGGCUCAGCAACAUCCCACCAAGUGUCUGGCUUGCGCCCGGGCGAGAGAUACACCUUCACCAUUCGCCCACUGUUUGGGAGCGUCACAGGUGCUGAGGCUUCAGUUACAGGGACUUCUGCUCCUGACCACACAGUCUGCCGAGAUGCCCGCAGAGACGUCCUUUUCCUUGUGCAUGCAACGCGGGACAGCGCCUACAACGCGGAAGCUGUGCAAGACUUCCUUUCCAACACGGUGUCUGCACUGGGCCAACUGGGCCCUGGGGCCACCCAGGUGGGCAUCGUGGUGUACAGCUACCGAGGUCUCCCAUUACUCCUGCUCAACCGCUCCAGUGACCUGCCGACGGUCCUGCAGCACAUCCGCUCCCUGCGCUACGAGGAGCCCAGUGGCAACGCCAUGGGAGCUGCCAUUGAUUUUGCCAAGAGCUACAUGCUGAGUCCCAGUGCAGGACGCAGGCCGGGUGUGCCAGGAACCCUGGUGAUACUGGCAGACGGGGUGUCUGGAGAUGAUGCCAUUGGGCCGGCCAGGGAGAUCAAGGCUGCAGGGAUCCGAGUGCUGGCAGUGGGCAUGGAUGGGGCUGAUCGCGAGCAGCUGCGCCGCCUGGUCACCAGUGAAGACCCGCGCAAUGUUUUCUUUGUGGGCGAUGCGCGCGGUCUGCGGGAGGCGGAGGAGGGGCUUGCCAGCGCCCUUUGCAGCGUGACCGUCAUAGAGCCUACACCUCAGCCCUGCUCUGUGCAGUGUCCCAAGGGUGAGAAGGGCCAGCCUGGUGAGAUUGGACGAAAAGGACGCAUGGGACUUCCUGGCCCUUCUGGAGAACCGGGUCGCCAUGGGAACCCAGGUCCUCCUGGGCCAGUGGGACCUCGGGGUCCCUCAGGUGAUGUCACUGAGCACCGGGGUGAGAAGGGAGACAGGGGAACAGAUGGAGUGCCAGGGAAUCCUGGCCGUUCCGGCAACCCCGGUUCUCCUGGCCAGCCAGGCAGCCCUGGCCUUCCUGGUCUCAGAGGAAAUCCAGGAGAGCGCGGACUGAUUGGGCCUAUUGGGCCAAGGGGACAGAAAGGGGAGCCGGGGUUGCCCGGAGCGAGUACAGGCGACGGAGGAGGUGGGCUUCCUGGCCGCAAGGGGGAGCCCGGCAUUCCGGGAAUCCCUGGAUCGCCUGGCAAUCCAGGGCUCAGGGGACCCUUCGGUGAUCCCGGACCUCCUGGGCCUGCGGGACCUCCUGGGCCAACAGGACCUGCGGGCGACUUUGUCAAGGGAGAGAAGGGCGACCGAGGUGAGCGAGGCCCUCCUGGCUCAGGCGAUGGAGGUGUCGUCAGAGGAGAACCGGGCACCCCAGGUGUGCCUGGAGAUCCUGGACCCAGGGGACCUCCUGGAACUCCAGGACAGAAAGGGGACAAGGGGGAUGGAGAAGAAGGUUUUCCUGGCCCACCUGGACGUGCUGGAGACCCAGGAGAUCGGGGCCCUAGAGGACCUCCAGGUGAAGAAGGAGGCAAGGGAGACCGCGGGCAGCCUGGUGAGGUUGGGCCAUCAGGAGAGAAGGGAGACCGUGGAUCACCUGGCCCUGAAGGAGAGAAGGGAGAGCAAGGACCCUCAGGCCGCCCUGGUCCAUCUGGCAGAGAUGGCUUGCCAGGAUCACCUGGGCCCCGAGGAGAAAGGGGAGAGCAAGGAGAGCCUGGGAAGCCGGCUUCUAGCCUCUCAGGAAUCAAAGGAGACAAGGGGGAGAGAGGCCCUGGAGGGCCAGAGGGGCCACCUGGAACCAGAGGAGAUGCUGGGAACAAAGGAGACCGUGGGCCUCCUGGAUUCAGUGUCCCCGGCCCACCUGGUCCAAAAGGAGAACAAGGGGACAGGGGGAUUGUCGGCCUGACUGGCAAAACUGGCCCAAAGGGUGACCCAGGAGAGCCAGGUGAGAAAGGAGAUCCAGGAAGACCAGGGUCAAUCGGACAGGCAGGCCAGCGAGGGAAAGAGGGUGAAAGAGGUGACAAAGGAGACGAAGGGACCCCGGGCGAGCCGGGACCACCUGGCAAAACUGGAGAGAGGGGUCUGCGGGGGCUGCCAGGAAACAGAGGGCUCCCUGGUGCGAAAGGGGACCAAGGCGACCCAGGUGAAGAUGGGAGAAAUGGUAGUCCUGGAACACCAGGGUCAAAGGGCGACCGAGGGGCUCCUGGGCUGCCAGGACCCCCAGGCCAGGCAGUCGGUGUGGGAGCCGGAGGAGGAGAGCAAAAAGGCGAGAAGGGGGACCCAGGGGACCCAGGAGAGGAUGGAAUGAAAGGUGUGAAAGGAGAGUCCGGUUUACCUGGCCUGCCAGGAGAACGGGGAAUUGAAGGUUCAAGAGGUCUCCCUGGAGUUCGUGGUGACCCUGGAGACCGAGGCCCUGUGGGGGAGAAGGGCGACCGAGGCCUGCCGGGACUGGACGGUCGGAACGGGCAAGAUGGAAAGGCUGGGCAAACAGGGCCUACAGGCCAAAGGGGUGACCCAGGGAAGCAGGGCGAUCCUGGCCGAGAUGGUUUGCCUGGUCUGCGUGGCGAGCAGGGCCCUCCUGGAGCAACUGGCCCCCCAGGGCCUCCCGGGCCGGCUGGCAAGCCUGGUGAUGACGGCAAACCUGGGCUGAAUGGGAAGAAUGGUGAAGAUGGGACACCAGGAGAAGAUGGGAGGAAGGGAGACAAAGGUGAAGCUGGAGCACCCGGCAGAGAUGGUCCGGAAGGUGUUAAAGGAGAGCGAGGAACCAGCGGGCCUCUAGGACCUCCAGGGCCACCAGGAGUCCCUGGCAUGCCUGGGCAAGUUGGUCCACCAGGCCAGAGUAUGCCGGGCCUCCCUGGGAUUUCUGGACAAAAGGGAGACAGAGGGGAGCCUGGAUCCAAAGGAGAACAGGGAAGAACUGGAGAUCCUGGGCUGCGAGGUGAGCCUGGGACGGCACCGAAUGUUGAGCGUGCCCUAGAAUCCUAUGGUAUUAAGAUUUCCUCACUGCGGGAGAUCACUGGCGCUUAUGAUGGAAGUUCUGAUCUGCCCUUCCCUGAUCGCCGGAGAGGACUGAAGGGUGACAGAGGGGAUCCAGGAGAAAGGGGACCACCAGGCAAAGAGGGUCUCAUUGGCUUCCCUGGAGAAAGAGGGCCAAGGGGAGAUAAAGGAGACCAAGGCCCACCAGGCCCACAAGGCCCAAUAGGACGUGCCAUUGGGGAGCGGGGACCAGAAGGGCCACCUGGCCAGCCAGGGGAGCCUGGGAAACCUGGAAUUCCAGGGGUUCCGGGACGGGCAGGAGAACUUGGAGAGGCCGGCCGGCCUGGAGAGAAGGGUGAUCGGGGUGAGAAGGGUGCACAGGGGGAUCAGGGCAGAAAUGGCUUACCAGGCCCUCCAGGGCCACCUGGACCCAAGGUAGAGCCAAUGGAAGGGAGCCUCUCAGGAUUUCCAGGGGAACGUGGGCCUGCAGGACCCAAGGGAAGCAAGGGAGAGCCAGGAGAAGAUGGCACGAAAGGCUCUAGAGGCGAUAAGGGUGAAGCUGGGCAGAGGGGAGAGAGGGGUGAAGCCGGCGAGAAAGGCAGGGAUGGUGCUCCAGGUCUUCCAGGAGAGAGAGGCCUUCCUGGCCCAGAAGGGAAAGCCGGCUUGCCAGGCUUCCCCGGAGUUCUGGGCAGACCGGGUAACCCAGGAGAUCCUGGGCCACCAGGCCCUCCUGUAAGUAAAACUGGUUUUCCGUAAUCUUAUAAACCCUCUGGCUAGAUUCUGAAUAGG